UGCGUAGCAAUCACUUCAAUCUAUUAUUGCUACAAUUCUACCAUAAGGAAGGCACACAUUUAACGCAUUUAUUCCAAGCAGUUACGAGCGAGGAGCAGUUUAAUACGUCCAUACUUCGGAUAAUUAAGCCAUUUGUGAUAUUUCUUGUUGUCAGUUGCUUGUUUGCCACUUUUAUCUGACUUUACAAUCUACACCAUGGCGACAAACGAAGCCACAAUUCUUCGGAACUAUCUACUCCUCCCCGCCCGACUGCCCACUAUCAUCUCCCUACAAGAGUUUACCUCUUUAUUUCCGAAAUCGCAGCAAUCUUCACCACAAAUUCGAACCCUGUAUAGAGACCUCCAGCAACAACGAAACGUAGUUGUCGACGGCGUGUCGCAGAAUAUCGAAGCACAGAUUAGACAAGGCAAAGCCUUACGCCGAGAGGUGAUAAAAGCUCGGAGGGAAGCAGAUUUAGAGGAACAAGAUGACGAAAUCGAUAUUGAACGAAUGCUGUUCGGGUCUACUUCGAAUACGGUCCAGCCCAAACAACAUUCACUCCUGACCAUUCUACCCGACAUGGAUGAAGCUAUCGCAGACAUGGAACGCGAAAUACAAACUAUAGAGCAGGAAGAAGCGACACUUCUCGAGUCUAUUAAACAAGCUGUCGGUAAUAUGAGCGAUCUCCGAUACGGUCGAUUUGCCAACCCCAAACUGAAGGACGAGGUUCUCGAUGGCCUCCAACGACUCCAAGACACAUGCGAGCGCAAGACGUGAUCGACGACGCCAAAUCAGUUCAGUUCAUUAGAUCACUAUAUGACUACGUGGCCGCAUCCAAUUAUCUAAAACAUUACAGAAAGGAGCUUUUCAAAUAGCACCAAGAUUCCGAUAAGUCGUCAUACAUAUUCCUUAUAUGACCUAGAAAUACCGUAAACAACAUUG